AUGUCUUAUGUACUAAGUGAUGAUAAUUUGAAGAGUGAAAAUUAUUCAGUAAAAAAUGAAAAAGAUGAAAAGAAAAAAAAAAUCGUAUUAAUAAGUGUUAAUUUACUUCUUUUAUUCUCGAUGUUAUUAUAUGGUAUAAAUUAUACAUUAAUAAAAUAUUUUAUUAAGUUAAAUGGAUCUACGUAUAUUUUUAUUAUUUUAAGAUCUAUACUUACUAUACCGAUAAUGAUUUACAUAUACUCGUCAAAAAAAUCCGAACCUAAAAAGAAAAAAUUAUUAUGUAAUAUGAAAGAAAUGGUAAAAAAAGAAAAAAAUAUAGAAAAAAAGUUAUUGUUAAAAAAAAAUAAUAAUAAUAAUUUGAACAAAAAUUCGCAUAGUAGUAAUAAAUGCUAUGAUAAUAUAAAACAUUAUGACGAUGACAAUAAAAAUAAUAGUAAUUACAUGAGUAGUGAUAAUAAUGGUAAUAUAUAUAAUUGUGAAAAGUAUGAAACCUGUGUUAAUAUAGAAGGUGCUAAUGACCAUUGUUUAAGUCAAAUAAAUAAAAAUGAUGAAAAAUUAAUACCUAAAGUGGCAUAUAUUCCUAUGAUUAUAUCAUCAGUGGCAGGUUCAUUAAGACAAAUUAUUGUAAUAGUUGCAUUGCAAUAUACCGAUUCUCAUAAUGUUGGUAUAAUUCAACCAACUAUACCAAUUUUUACAGCUUUAAUGUCACAUUAUUUAAAAAUAGAAAAAAUGAAUUAUAUAACGUCUUUAUCUAUUUUCUUAUCAUGUAUUGGAUUAGCUAUAACAGCUGAAAUAUGGAAUAUUCAUUCUUUAGAUUUUGGUUUUCUUUUAUUACUAACAGUUCCAGUAACGAAAGGACUACAAGUUAUUUAUAUUAAUAUUGCUACUAAGUAUGUAAAUAAUAAUAUGAUACAAUUUUUUGAAAUGAUAGUUAUGUUUUUUAUAGCAUUACCUUUUGGAAUAUUAGGAGAAAUGCUUUUUAAAAAAAAAUAUAAUAUUAUAAAUGAAAUAUAUAAUUUAAAUAUAUAUCAGUUCUUAUGUGUAAUAUACUCAGCUAUUGCUAUCAUAUUUAUCUGCUGGAAAAUACAAAUAAUAGCUCUUAAUCAUCUAACACCAAUUAGUGUAUCUUUAUAUCAAUCAUUUCAACCAUGUUUUACUUUUAUUUUAGCAAAAUUUUUUCUAAACGAAACAAUAGGUUUAAAUAAAUUUAUAGGAACAAUUUUUAUAGUUGUAUCAUUGCUUUUAUAUCAGUAUAGAUUUCAUAAAAAGAUAGAAGCAUGA